AUGCCUGUUCACGACCAUGAAGAAGGCUUGGAUAAAACGCCAACAAAUAUCCCUAUUAUAGUAAUUGAAAGCUCUCAGGGAGAGGUGGGCGGGAACACAGACACCCCGGAAACUCAAACUAACCUUCUAUCACUUUCUAACGUGAACAAAUCUGAUCUCACUUUAUGUUCUUCGGUUUCUACAAAAGUAGAAUUAGAAGAAAUGAGUGUCUCAUCCGAUAAACAAAAAAUGGCGCGUAAUGAUAAAUCUACUUAUUCCAUUAAUACUGGUCCUUUUGCUUAUACUUCUAUUCAUCUUUGGAAAAUGAUGAAUCAUAGAGAUUUUGAAUUAUUAAAAUCUAUAGGAGGUCUUGAUGGAAUUAUAGAGGGUUUACGUACUCAUCGAACUAAUGGUUUGAAUACAACUGAAGAAUCUAAACUUUUACCUCAAUUAGAAAAGUUUACAAAUAUACCUGAUGAUUAUAAAGAUAUUUUAGAUAAAAUACCGGAUGAUAAUGAAACUAAUACACAUUUUCCAAAUCCACCGGACAAUACACUAUUCUCUGAUAGAAUAAGAUUAUUUGGUAAAAAUGUUUUACCAGAAACUAAAUCUAAAUCCAUUUUUGAAUUUAUGUGGUUGGCCAUGCAAGAUAAAGUUUUAAUCCUUCUGACUAUUGCUGCUAUUAUCUCAUUGGGUCUUGGUCUUUAUGAAGAUUUUAGUGAAAGUUCCUCCAUUAAAGUUAGGUGGAUCGAAGGUGUUGCGAUUAUUAUUGCAAUUUUAAUUGUAGUAUUAGUUGGAAGUGUGAAUGAUUGGCAAAAGGAAAGGCAAUUUCGAAGUUUAAAUGCAAAAAAAGAAGAUCGUGAAGUUAAAGUUAUGAGAGAUGGUAAACCUUCUCUUAUAUCUAUUCAUGAUGUCUUGGUCGGUGAUAUUCUUCAAUUAGAACCUGGUGAUGUUAUUCCUGCUGACGGAAUUUUGAUUUCUGGUUAUAAUAUUUACUGUGAUCAAUCUGAUGAAACUGGUGAAAGUGACUCUAUAAGAAAGUUUACAUAUGACGAUUGUGUAAAAAGAUUUUCUGACUCUGACUCUCGUAGUUCUAAACUUGAUCCUUUCAUAAUAAGUGGGAGCAGAGUAUUGGAGGGUAUUGGUACUUAUGUUGUUACUGGAGUUGGAAUAAACUCAUGUAGAGGAAAAACUUGGAUCUUCAAGUUGAACGACCUUGCUGAACAAAUUGCCAAAUUAGGAGGUGCUGCUGCUUUGUUGAUGCUCAUUGUCCUCUUGAUUAAAUAUUUUAUUUCGUUCGUUAAUGGUGUACCAACAGCUGCAAGUGCAAUUAGUAGUUUGGUAAUGAUAGUUAUUUCAGCGGUCACUGUUGUAGUCGUUGCUGUACCUGAAGGCUUACCUCUGGCUGUAACACUUGCUCUUGCUUAUGCAACAACACGUAUGUUAAAGGAUAAUAACCUGGUUCGUAUUCUAUCUUCUUGCGAAACGAUGGGUAAUGCGACUACCAUUUGUUCGGAUAAGACUGGAACAUUAACACAAAAUAGGAUGACUGUUGUGGUUACUACUAUUGGAUUAUCGGAUUCGUUCACUAGAAAUACCGAUGUAUAUAUGUCGACACUCAAAAGCAGCAAUAUAAAAGGAUUUGAAAAAAAUAUAUCAUCUAUGGAAGAUAUAAAAAAUUUGCCGGAUCCUAUUUUAGAAAUUUUAUAUAAAUCGAUUGCAAUAAAUACCACUGCUUUUGAAGGUGAACCAAAAAAUGGAAAACCAAAUUUUGUAGGAUCAAAAACAGAAACUGCUUUAUUACAACUUCUCUUGGAUUUAGACGUAACAAAUUAUAAACAGUUAAAAGAAGAUGCCAAAAUUAUACAAUUUUAUCCAUUCGGUUCUGAACGAAAAGCUAUGGGUCUUGUAGUUCAAGAAGAUUCUCGUUUUAGAUUUUAUGUUAAAGGUGCUAGUGAGAUGUUACUUCAAAAAUCACGGUACACAAUCGAUACUAAAUCAGAUAAUAAACCAGAAUUAAAUGAUCAAGAAAAAGACACAAUUCAACAAAUUAUAACAUAUUAUGCUAAUCAAAGUUUGAGAACUCUUGCAAUUGCAUAUCGUGAUUUUGAACAAUGGCCCCCAAGUGAAAUAGUUUUAGAUCCUGAUGGAGAGGUAAAGUUUGAGAAUUUAAUGGUAGAUAUUACAUUAUUGUGUAUAGUUGGUAUCGAAGAUCCUUUGAGAGAAGGAGUUCGACAAGCUAUUUUAGAUUGUAGAGAUGCUGGGGUGAAAGUUCGUAUGGUUACUGGUGAUAAUAUUUUGACAGCAAAAUCUAUUGCAAAGCAAUGUGGGAUUUAUACAGACGGUACAGUGAUGGAAGGACCUGAAUUUCGCAAUUUAUCAGAUGAUAAAAUGAGGGAGAUCCUUCCAAAACUUCAAGUUCUUGCAAGAUCUAGUCCCGAAGACAAAAAACUUUUGGUUGGAAAAUUAAAACAGGAACUUAAUGAUAUUGUUGCUGUAACUGGCGAUGGUACUAAUGAUGGACCUGCACUAAGAACUGCAGAUGUUGGGUUUUCUAUGGGUAUUUCCGGCACUGAGGCCGCCAAAGAGGCUUCAUCUAUCAUUUUAAUGGAUGAUAACUUUUCAAGCAUAGUAAAGGCGAUAAUGUGGGGUCGUUGUGUAAAUGAUGCGGUCAAGAAAUUUUUACAAUUUCAACUUACAGUUAAUGUUACUGCAGUCAUGCUUACAUUCAUAUCCGCUGUAUCAAGUGAUCAACAGCAAUCUGUUCUUACUGCAGUACAAUUACUAUGGGUGAAUCUUAUUAUGGAUACAUUCGCUGCUCUCGCUCUUGCCACAGAUCCACCAACUCCAGAAUUAUUGAAACGUAAACCCGAAAAUCGAGAAGCACCUCUAAUAACACCUCUUAUGUGGAAGAUGAUUAUUGGUCAAAGUAUCUUUCAGCUUGCAAUCACACUAAUUUUAUUAUAUGCUGCUGAUGAUAUAGUAGGACAUGGUGUUAAUGAAGAGACUUUAAAUACAAUUGUUUUUAAUGCAUUUGUAAUGUUACAAAUAUUUAAUGAAAUCAAUUGUCGAAACCUUGAUGAAAAGUUAAACGUAUUCAAAAAUAUUUUGUCGAACAGGCUUUUCGUUGUCAUAUUCCUUAUAACUUGUAUAGGUCAAUUUUUAAUAGUUCAAUAUGGAGGGGAGCAUGCAUUUCAAACAGUACCAUUGGAUAUUAUUCAAUGGUUAGCUUGCAUUGGAUUGGGUUUUUUAUCAAUACCUGUCGGCAUAAUCAUCCGUCUAAUUCCUAUUGAUAGGCUAUUUGUGUUUCCGCCGCAAAAAAGAGCACCUACUAUUUCCGAUGAUGAAUCAGCAGUAACCAGAUGGCAAAAACAACUUAAAUUUUUCAAAGUACUUCGAGGUGGUGGACGUUUCAGAUCACAUUUUGGAGGGAAUGAAACACAAAAACCACAAGCAUUUGCAGGUGUUGCGGUAGUACCAAGUUUCAUAGUACAAGCAGUUGCUGUACCAUCAUCGACAUCGAGAAAUCACAAUAAAGAUGAUAAUGAUUCAAGGGCACUGCAGAGAUCAAUACCAAUGACACAACUGAAACAACGAGAAUCUGAUGGAUCCAGUAAGAAUAGUAUAGCAAGCCAAGAUGAUAAGAUAGAAGUUCAAAAUCAUUAUUAA